AUGAGACGAUAUUUACGCCGAGAGAAGCGAUGGUUGAGCAUUUUAAAGCAACAACCUCGAUCAACCCCAUGCAAUCAGUUAACCGAUUUAGUGUGGGAAGGGAUACCAAACAAAUUGCGGAUCAAGGCAUGGCCUCAUUUACUAAACGUCAAUUUCUUCAAGAAAGUUCAUGGAGGGCACAAAAUUUACAUAGAACUUAUGGCUCGGGCACGUCUUAUCUCAAAACAUGUGAAACAAAUUGAUCUCGAUAUAGGUCGCACUUAUCGCCAUCAUGUGGCAUUUCGACGACGAUAUGAUAUAAAACAACAAUCGCUUUUCAAUGUAUUGGUUGCUUACUCGGUUUAUAACACAGAAAUUGGCUAUUGUCAGGGAAUGAGUCAAAUUGUCGCUCUUUUAUUAAUGUUUCUUGAUGAAGAAGAAGCCUUUUGGUGCCUCCACACAUUAAUGAUUUCUCCUAAACAUUCAAUGCACGGUUUCUUUGUGAGCGGAUUUCCAAAGUUGCAACGAUUUGAAGCCCAUUUUAAAGCGUUACUGAAAAACUAUGAGCCAAGAAUCUACGAAAAUUUUGAAAGAGAGCUGAUCCCGUUUUUCUUUGUGACAAAGUGGUGGUUCGGAUGCUUUUUGGAUCGUGUUCCAUUUCCGUUGGCUUUACGCCUUUGGGACAUCUUUUUGCUCGAGGGAGAUCAAGUUUUGAUGGCGAUGGCUUUGAAUAUCAUGGAGAUGCACAGUAGAACAAUCCGAAUGCUUUCCCUUGAGAAGUUUAUGGAAUUCAUUCAAAGUCGACUUUCGGACAAUUUUGGAUAUUCAGACGAUGAUGUGAUGAACAAUCUACGCAAAAUUUUGUAUAAAAUCCGGAGGGAUAAUCAUCAUCCAAAAUCACCAAUUCUUCAAGAGGGACCUCAACGACCAUUUGGUUCCGUAUUGGAACACACGAUGAUGGACAUUCAUGAACAUGUACACGAUAUUAGGAUGCAAUUUAUGAAUAUUUCGAACAGAAGCACAGGACUCGCCAGCCCGAAAAUCUAUCCACCAAAUGGGCGAACACUUGCAAGCGGCGAUAAUCCUUCCUUGAAAAAUGAACGAUCC